AUGCCCUCGCCGCGGCCACCUGCACUGCGCCCUUGCCGCAGCCCACUGCUGCCACCGUCCAUCGCGGCCUUGCCUUCCCCCGUCGGCCCUCCCUCCUCUACUGCGCGUGGCCACCCCUCGCCGUGGCUUUGCCCCUUCCCCUGCCGCCAGCUGUGUCGCUUCACGCCCCCCUCUCUGCCCCGCUCCCUGCCCGCUAAGCCGCCUGCGCGCGCUCGCGCGCUCGGCUCCUGCUUGCACCGCUCAUCCGCAAGCCCCUCCCCGAGUCCUCAUCGUCUCGCUCUCUCCCCGCUGCUGCUGCUCGCUUCGUUUGCUGCCGCCUCCUACAGCCGCAGCUCUACUGCCCGCCUAGUCGUGGCCUCGCCACUGCCCAGCAUCGCCGACCCGCCGCCCUUCACCGGCGCCGUCCGCGGCCGGCUCGUCAUGGCUGCGCUCCGGCGGGCCACUCGCCCGCGCCCUGAUUUUGCCCGUUCGGGCGUGGCGCCCGCCAGCGCCCGCACGCUCAUGGGGUUCCGCCCGCUCCCCGCAAACGCCCGGGCGCCCGCUGCCCGUUUCGCCUGCUAG